CUGGAGCCACAGACGGUGCAGAUCACCAAAAGGAAGCAAUAUGAGCACAGGGGCACUUGGCGUAGCGAGAGAGUGUGUGAGAGUCUCUACAGGUUCAUUCCCACCCCUGAGAAGGAAGACAAGGCCGCUCAUCCCACCUCCUGCCCUCCAUACCCCAAGCCUCAAGUUCCGAUCAACAACAGUAUCUCCUCUUCCACAGCUUAGCUGGGCUAACCAGGACGAGGUGUGGAGGAACAUGUUACACAAAGACAGAACCUAUCCACGGGAUAAGAACUUCUUGCAGAGACAUCCAGAGCUACAGCAGAGCAUGAGGGCCGUCCUGCUUGACUGGCUGAUGGAGGUGUGUGAAGUCUAUAAACUACACAGGGAGACUUUCUACCUGGCCCAAGACUUCUUCGACCGAUUUAUGGCCAUCCAGCAGAAUGUGGUGAAAUCCAGCCUGCAGCUCAUCGGCAUCACUUCAUUAUUUAUCGCCGCCAAGCUGGAGGAGAUCUACCCCCCGAAGCUGCAUCAGUUUGCCUAUAUUACAGACAGCGCUUGUACGGAGGACGAGAUCAUCUGCAUGGAGCUGAUCAUCAUGAAGGCACUUAAAUGGUGUUUAUCUCCAAUGACGGCGGUCUCGUGGCUGAACAUCUACCUACAAGUGGCUUAUAUCCGAGAGUUGCAGCAUUUCCUUCUGCCGCAGUACCCCCAGGAGACGUACAUACAGAUAGUGGAGCUGUUAGAUCUGUGCGUCCUAGAUGUCUCCUGUCUGCAAUAUCCGUACAGCAUCCUCGCUGCCUCUGCGCUCUACCACUUCUCCAAUGCUGAGCUGGUGGAAAAAGUGUGCGGCUAUGAGUGGACGGAGCUGGAGGAUUGCAUCAAAUACAUUGUGCCCUUCGCUAUGGCCAUAAGGGAUGCCGGGAAACAGUCCAAAAUGAAGCUCUUCCGAGGGGUGGACAUCGAGGACAUGCACAAUAUCCAGACACACACGGGUUGCUUACAACUGCUGGAUAUGGCUCAAGCUAAGCAGGAACAGUUGAAGGAAGAGAACAGAAUCAUUCCAGUCCCCAACGGAGUCCUGACCCCUCCACAGAGCGACAAGAAGCACAGGACCCUGGACUCUGAAUGA